AUGGCCAAGGCGGCUCCAGCAUUAAACAUCACUUAUACCCACAAGAGAUGCUUAACGCAUACGAAACACUCCAAGGCCACCAUGACACAGAGAUCGGAAAACAGGAGACCCACGCCGGCUCCUUCGUUCGACCAGGAGCCCCAGGAUCCUAAAAACCCACAAAAGUUGACAAAGAAAUCAACCAUGGACGACUCCUUCAUUGGCUUGACUGGAGGUGAAAUCUUCCAUGAAAUGAUGUUGAGACACAACGUCGACACGGUGUUUGGAUACGCUGGAGGCGCCAUUUUGCCUGUUUUCGACGCCAUCUACAACUCAGACAAGUUUAAGUUUGUUUUGCCCAGACACGAGCAGGGUGCUGGUCACAUGGCUGAGGGCUACGCCAGGGUGACUGCCAAACCUGGUGUUGUCUUGGUCACCUCGGGUCCUGGUGCUACAAACGUGGUUACCGCCAUGCAAGAUGCUCUUAUGGACGGUGUGCCUUUGGUUGUUUUCACUGGUCAGGUGCCUACCACGUCUAUUGGUACGGAUUCUUUCCAGGAAGCUGAUGUUAUUGGUAUUUCCAGACCAUGUACGAAAUGGAACGUUAUGGUGAAGAACGUUGCCGAAUUGCCUAAGAGAAUCAAUGAGGCUUUUGAAAUUGCCACUACUGGCCGUCCUGGUCCUGUUUUGGUGGAUCUUCCAAAGGAUGUCACUGCCUCUAUUCUUAGAGAGGCCAUCCCAAUCAACACUACUUUGCCUCUGAAUGCUCUUACUCAAAUCACCAGACGUUUCACUACCAAGUUCACUACUGAAGCUAUUGAGCGUGCUGCUGAUUUGUUGAAUAAGGCCAAGAAACCUAUUCUUUACGUUGGUGCUGGUAUUUUGAACCACGAAAAGGGUCCUCAAUUGUUGAAGGAACUUUCCGAUAAGGCCACUAUCCCUGUCACCACCACCAUUCAAGGUUUGGGUGCUUUCGACCAGAGAGACGAAAAAUCGCUUGAUUUCUUGGGUAUGCACGGUUCUGCCGCUGCCAACACUGCCAUGCAAAAUGCCGAUUUGAUUAUCGCCUUGGGUGCUCGUUUCGAUGACAGAGUCACCGGUGUGGUGUCCAAGUUUGCUCCUGCUGCCAGACAAGCUGCUCAGGAAGGCAGAGGUGGUAUUAUCCACUUUGAAAUCAGUCCUAAGAACAUUAACAAGGUUGUGGAAGCUACCGAGGCCAUUGAAGGUGACGUUACACGUAACCUUGCCUCGUUCUUGCCCUUGGUUGAAGAGGUCGUCGAGAGAAAGGAAUGGAUGGGCCAGGUGCUCAAGUGGAAGGAGCAGUAUCCAUAUUCAUACAUGAAGGAGACUCCAGGUUCUUUGAUCAAGCCACAAACCUUGAUCAGAGAGAUCAGCGACCAGACCCAGAACUACGAUAAAGAUGUCAUUGUCACCACCGGUGUGGGCCAGCAUCAAAUGUGGGCCGCCCAGCACUUCCUCUGGACGAAACCAAGAACCUUUAUCACGUCUGGUGGUUUGGGUACUAUGGGAUUCGGUCUUCCCUCGGCCAUUGGUGCCCAGAUCGGUAACCCAGACGCCAUUGUGAUUGACAUUGAUGGUGAUGCAUCGUUCAACAUGACUCUUAUGGAGCUUUCCUCGGCUGUUCAGGCUGGCGCUCCAGUGAAGAUUUGUGUGUUGAACAACGAAGAACAGGGCAUGGUGACGCAAUGGCAGUCGCUUUUCUACGAGCACAGGUACUCCCACACGCAUCAGCUGAAUCCAGAUUUCAUGAAGUUGGCUGAGUCCAUGGGCGUGACUGGUAUUCGUCUUGAGAAGCAAGAAGACAUGGCCUCCAAGGUUAAAGACUUCUUGGACUGCAAGGGUCCAGUUUUGUUGGAAGCCGUUGUCGAGAGAAAGGUGCCUGUGUUGCCAAUGGUUCCUGGCGGUAAGGCUUUGCACGAGUUUAUCGUUUACGAUGAAGAAGUUGAAAGACAAGAGAAGGAGUUGAGAAACGAGAGAACCGGUGGUAAGUACUAG